UAAAACAACUCUGAGGCGAGGGGAGGGGAGAAAGGAGUUGGAGAAGGAGAACAACCAGGCAAAACUUUAUGCACGCUAGAGAGGACUCUUGGACGCUCUUUCAGCAAACUGGAUUACACUAAGAAGAGUUUUCUGUGGAUUAAUGUGGCCAUAAUUCAUUGGAUUAACGAUCACAGAAGGAGCUGAAGGAGGGAGUCAUGAGGGUCAUCUGCUCCUCUCUGGUGCUUCUCACCAUCUGCAUGGUUCACGGGGGUCAUCUGGCAUUAGCUGAAGGUGUCAGCUGCCCGUCCAUACAGGUAGAAGAAUGGAAGUUUCCUCAAACUGCCAGACACAACAUUACAGGUUUCAAUCUGGCACGCAGUUUCUCCCUGUUGAAGAACAGCGAGGUCAAGAAGAUCCGAAACCCGAGAGGGCCUGUCAUCCUUCGCCUUGGGAAAGUACAACUCAUCCAACCUACAGAUCAAGUGUUUCCUCAUGGACUUUCAGAGGAGUUCACCCUGGUCUUCACCUUGCUGCUGAAGAAGAAAUCUUUGAAUGAUAACAUUUACCUGUUCCAGAUAUCAGAUGAACACGGCUAUCCUCAGUUCUCACUGGACUGGAAUGGUCCAGAUGGCAACCUGGCCCUGCGGGCGAGAGGGGCUGACCCUGAAGGGUCCAUGGUGGGGUGCGUGUUUGAAGGUGACGGUGUGGAAUCCCUGAAGGACAUGCGCUGGCAUAAGGUGGCUCUGAGUCUGCAGAGAGAUGCGGCCUCCCUGCACGUGGACUGCAGCUCCAUUGAGAACAAGCCCCUGGAGCUCCGUGGACAGUUACCCAUCAAUGGACACACGCUGCUGGGUAUGAGGGCUACUGAUGCGGCCCCUGUGGAGAUUGACGUCCAGCAGGUGAUGGUGUAUUGUGACCCCUCUAUGGCUAUCCAGGAGGCCUGCUGUGAGAUACCUGGAGCUCGGUGCCCACCGGAUGCUCCCAAGAGUCGACGAGCCGCAGAGAACCAGGUGGAGUUUGUGCCCAAUCCCUUCGCUCAGGCAAUUCUUGGAUCCAAGGAAUUGGCAGAAAAAUGUGCAGGCUGUGUACUGCUCAAUGAGGAAUCGAGUGUUAUUCAGGAGGGCUAUGCCGGUCAGUCGGGCCUUAAAGGAGAGAAGGGAGACCGGGGUUUGGACUGUACUGGUGCUGGAGUUCCUGGACGAUGCUCAAAAGGAUCUAAAGGGGAGAAAGGAGAGAAGGGAGAGUCGAGUCUGGCUGCCAACUGGGGAGAAGCUAUAGGAGUGAAGGGUGACAAAGGACAGAAAGGAGAAGUCGGAGCCACAGGUUUGCCCGGAAGUCCAGGCAAAGAUGGUCGAGCUAAUCCUAUUUGUGUGGUGGGCCCUAAAGGACAAAAGGGUGUUCCUGGUGUAGUUGGUCCAGAGGGGCUUGCAGGAGAACCAGGCCGCCCAGGACCUCCUGGACCACCUGGAGUUGGAAAACCAGGACCACCAGGGCCCCCUGGUGGAACUCCAGGAUCCAAAGGAGAGAAAGGAGAUUCUGGGACACCUGGUGAAGAUGGAAAGCCUGGAGAACCUGGUCCGAGAGGUCCUUGGGGACCUAAAGGCGAGAAGGGAGACCCGUGUGUACCAUGUCCAGCAGUCUCUUUCAACUCCACUGGCAACACUGUGGCAUUUCAGAGCAAGCAGGGACCUAAAGGAGAACCAGGGGCCCCAGGCAAAGGAAAACUGGGUCCACCUGGCCCUGCUGGACUGGAUGGCAAAGCAGGACAGAAGGGAGAGCCAGGAGGAGACGGAACCAAAGGUGAAAAGGGUGAACCGUGUUCUGGCUGCCCUACCAUUGGAGAUAUUCCAGCGGGCAUUUUGAAUCGGGCUCAAAAGGGAGAGAAGGGAGAUCCAGGUGUUGGGCAGAAAGGAGAGCAGGGAGAACCAGGUCCAAGUGGCUUUGCUGGACUAAAAGGGGAAAAGGGUAAUGCAGGCAGCAAAGGAAAUGAGGGGAAAACUGGCAAACCCGGUCCAAAAGGGUCAAGUGGAAAUAACGGAGAGAAGGGUGAUCCUGGCCAGCCCGGUAUAGGGACAACUGGUCCAAAAGGUGAAAAGGGAGACUCAUGUGGCGUGUGCCAAGACACAACCUCUGAGGUGGGAAGUGGCCCAUCUACGAUAAAGGUCACAGGGGAACGUGGCCCUCCAGGACCUCCAGGCCCACCAGGAGAAGGAGUAGAGGGCAAACAGGGGCCACCAGGUCUUCAAGGUUUCAUAGGAGAGAAAGGUGAUCAGGGUUUACAAGGAGACCCAGGUGUGGAUGGGGCACCUGGACUCCAAGGACUUCAAGGAGAACCAGGCAGGAAUGGCUUUAAUGGACUAAAAGGAGAAAAGGGAGAUGCGUGUGACAGCUGUCCAUCACUCCCUGAAGGAAAUGGAAAUGUUGGUGGCUUACCAGGACCCAAGGGAGAGAGAGGAGAGCCAGGUUUGCCAGGCGAGGGCCGAGAAGGCAAACAGGGUCGCCCAGGCCCACCUGGUAUCCAGGGACCUCCAGGGCUCAAAGGCAGUCAGGGUGAUGCUGGGCCUUCAGGUAUUGGCCUUCCAGGACUGCAGGGUGAGCAGGGACCUAGAGGUUUUCCCGGAGCUGCUGGUCCAGAAGGACGUCAAGGACCUGCAGGGCCAAUUGGACCGGCAGGACAAAGGGGCCAAAAGGGAGAAGUGGGACCACCAGGGCCACAGGGGCCAAUGGGAAUGGGACCAGUUGGACCCCCAGGUAGGGAUGGUACACAAGGAUUGCCUGGGAUACCAGGGCAAGAUGGGAGUCAUGGAACCAUUGGGCCUAAGGGCGACAAGGGUGAACCAGGAGAGUGCAACUGUUUGAAUAAUAUGUUACCUGGAACUGGCGGACCUGGGGUCCCAGGUGGUGAGAGCAGGUGGCAGCCUGGUCCUCAGGGGCCUCCUGGACCACCGGGCCCUCCAGGUCCCCCAGGGACCCAAGGCUUUACAGGAAUCCCCGGCCCACAGGGUAUCCCUGGCAACGAUGGCAUACCAGGGAAACCGGGUCCACCCGGCCAAGCACCUCCCGUUUUUCUGCCUCAGGAUUCAGCUUCCGCAGUCAAGGAGGGUUGUGGAGAUUGCUCCUCGGGCCUACCAGGUGUGCCCGGCAUGGUUGGCGCUAAGGGCGAGAAGGGAGAUCAGGGCAAGCCUGGGGUUGAACCCUCAGAAGGAUGCGAACGGUGCCAAGAGAAGCUGCAGAGGGAAGAAACACCAAGUGUGCCUACGAGUAACAGUGGUCAGUGCGUUGGUGCACCAGGGAUGCCUGGAUUCCCAGGGACCCCAGGGGUCAAAGGAGAGCCGGGUCCUAGAGGUGAGCGAGGACCUUCUGGUCUUCCAGGAACCCCGGGCAAUAUUGGUUUCCCUGGUCCUCAGGGGCCUCCUGGACUGUCUGGUCAACAAGGUCAAAGAGGGACAGAUGGACUUCCAGGACAGAAAGGUGAACAGGGUCCACCAGGAAAUUCUGGCUAUCCUGGAUCCAUGGGACCUCCUGGACUUCCUGGCCUUAAAGGAGAGCGUGGCAGUCCAGGAACCGCAGGGCAGAAAGGAGAUUCGGGUCCACCGGGAUCUCCAGGUUAUCAUGGACCAGUCGGCCCUGCAGGUCCUAAAGGGGAAUCUGGAACAGCGGGACCCGUGGGACCAAAAGGAGAUCAGGGCUUCCAAGGAUCCCAAGGAUUCCCAGGACAACCGGGUCCUCCAGGUUUCCCAGGAAAAGCAGGUUCUCCGGGCCCUCCGGGACCACAAGCUGAAAAGGGUGGUUCUGGAGUUCAGGGCCCACAGGGGCCCACAGGUCCCCCAGGAUCUCCCGGGUCCCCAGGCAUGCCUGGACCAGCUGGAAUGGAAGGACUUGAUGGCAAAGAUGGAAAAUCAGGUUUAAGGGGUGAACCAGGAGUGCCUGGCCCUGCUGGACCCAGGGGAAUGCCGGGUUUCAAGGGCAUCAAAGGACACACAGGUCUCCCAGGAAUGAAAGGAGAUAGAGGACCUCAGGGACCUGCUGGAGCAGCGGGAAGGCCUGGUCUUGAGGGUGAUUCUGGUCCUCCUGGACCACAAGGACCACCUGGAGCUCCAGGACAUAUGGGUGCUGCUGGAUCUUCAGGCUCACCGGGACCAAUUGGGCCACCUGGAGUGGGCAUUAAGGGAGACAAAGGUGAGGCAGGAGAGAGAGGACAGUCUGGAUUACCUGGCCCACCAGGGCUCCCAGGACAUCCAGGGCUGAUGGGUGAACCAGGAAAUGAUGGAGCAGCAGGUAAAGAUGGAGCCCCAGGCCUGCCAGGAGAAUCUGGUCUACAGGGACAGAAGGGCGAAGCAGGAGUUGCAGGGCAAAGGGGACCCCCGGGAGAGCGCGGACGUCCCGGCCCACCAGGAGGAGGCUUUGGUUUUGGCUCCAAAGGACCAGAAGGGAUCAUAGGACCAGUCGGACCCCGUGGCGAGAGGGGAGGCAAUGGUUCACCUGGACCAGCUGGUGCCCCCGGACCACCAGGAAUCCCAGGGAAUGAUGCUGUUGUAAACUAUGAUGACUUAAGGUCCUUCAUCAGGCAGCAGGUCAUAAAGAUCUUUGACGAGCGUAUGGGCUACUACAUGUCCCGAAUGCAGAUGCCUGUAGAGAUGGUUUCAUCCCCUGGUCGACCAGGACCCCCAGGGAAAGAUGGAAAUCCAGGCAUGCCAGGUCCCCCAGGGAUACCGGGCCGCUCCGGGCAGAUUGGCCGCGAAGGAAGACAAGGGCCCAUGGGUCCACCCGGUGCCCCUGGUGUAAAGGGAGAGAAAGGAGAUAAGGGUGUAGGAGAGAUGGGAGACAGCGGCCCUCCGGGUGCUCCAGGUGUUCCUGGUCCUCCUGGUUAUGGUAAAUUGGGACCACCAGGUCCUUCUGGUCAGCAGGGCAUCCCCGGUAUUCCUGGACCUCCGGGACCAUCUGGAACAAAGGGCAAGGAUGGUCGUUGUCACCCGUCGGACUGUAUGAGUAUGCCUGUGGAGUACAAUCCCAAGGGCCCACUUCCCAAAGGUCCCAUGUACUAGAAAGUGGUUUAAGAGAAGAAAAAGUUGGAGGAUGGUACCCAUUGAUUGACAUUCUCACAGUUACCUACCUGUACCUGCUAAGGCUUCUGAGAAGAUCCAUGGAGAACCAAAGAACUGAUGUCAUUUCCUUUUCACAUGUUGCCAAAACACUGGUUCACCACCAAUGGGGACAUUUAUAAGUUAUCGUCUGCUGAUGAACCAGUGAAGAAAGGCUAAGCAUUAACUUACACCACUACAAUUUGGUGCAACAUCCCAAACUUGAGUGCCUUCACCCCUAAAUACUUGCCCAUAAUGCCACUUGCAUCAUUUCUGAGUUUGUGUUUUACAAUUAUAGACUUCUAGAUCCCUGGACAUGUAAGGUGUUGACAGUCAUUACUGGUGCCCAGAUUUAUUCAGCAUUCAACAUUUUUCAUUUCUUUACCAGCCCCCAUAAAAGGUAUGGUUUCCAUCUGACACUUCACACCAGUCUGCAAGGUUCUUUAUUAAAUAUUAAAGCAAUAUUCAAGUUAAAUACAAGUUAAAAUUAUCCAUGGCAUGCUGUUGAUUCAUGCAGGAAUAAUUUUGACUCAUACCUCAGUUUGUGAAAAAAAUGUUACAACAUUAUUUUUUAAUUGUUGAUUUUUUUUUUUUCAAAAUGAUGUAUGAACCAAAACGAUUUUCUGCCGAAAAUGCCACAGAUGCUGUUGCUAGGGCUUGUAUUGAAUCUGGAAUGUUUCUUUAAUAAUAUCUUUGUGAGGGGGUUGUUUUGGCAGCUGCUAAUUUUGCUAUUUAACUGCUUUAGCAAAGACAAUGUGGCAUAAAUAUCCAUCUGUUUCCAGUGAAUAAUUCCUUCCACAGUGUGAGCCGUUUAAUAUGAAAUAGUUAGAGGUUAUCAUUAGGCAUAGAUACAGUUACCUAAUUAAUUAUUUUAAUUAUUCAAAAUGAACAUCCCCAAGGGCUUGUGUUGUACAUAUUCAUAUUUGUAUGUAAUGGCUUUUUGUACUUUUUUUGAAAAAAAAAAAAUUGACAUCAGCAUGGCAGCCCUUUUUAUGGUCGUCUCAGAUAUUUUGGAAUAAUUUUAUAAGCUCUAAACAAAUGGAUGUUUUGUAAAGGUAGGUUUUAUAUGCAAUUUUGGGUUAGAAAGCAAUUUUGUGAUGUAUCACGGGACGGAAAGAGAUUUUAUUUUUAUAAGAAUAUUUCAGUGACACCUAACUCUCGAUGAGCUCUGUGAUGACAUCUCCUCCUCCACCACUCUGGACUCUUAAACUUGAAUUUCCUUUGAUAUACUGUACCACUUGCAGCUGGACCAUCACGUGCUUCUAGAACACUCUAAUCUCAAAUAUGCUUUGCUAGUCAUCCUAAACAUCCGAACCCAACCUUCACAGUUCAGUCAUCUCUAAAGCAAACAGCAUUUCACUGAUUCUCUGCUGCGUCAGCCAGUCUGAUGCUUUUACGCUCUGCACUUUAUCCUCUCGCUGUCGCUCCCUCGGUCUGUAUGUGUAUGUGUGUGUGUGUGUGAGUGUGUGUGAAGAUAGCGAGGAAGACUCUAUCUAUAUUGGGAGGAUAGCUGAAAAGUUUUUUUAGCAGAGCCAUUCACAGUUCUCAAAUUAUGCAGUUUUCAUGAAGUGAACGUUACAAGCAUGUCAAUUUCAGAUCGGCCUUUCAACCUCUUUUUAGCCAAGCUUUAAGAAAAUCUCCCCUAUCAUCAUGCAUCUCAUCAUAGCGCUAUUUGUAAGUAAAGUCAUUUGUGUGCAAAUUUUUUUCUUUGAAGAAACUUAAGAGAAGCAAUAAAAGUUUUGAAAGCAGA